GUCGUGUGGAAGAUGGGGGACCCAUUCUAGGUAUGUUUACGUUCUCUCUCCACGUCUCUCUAUCCCAUCUGCCGUCGACACACCAACCCGUAGUGGACACCAAUCCGGAAUUCCGCUCUUCUCUUCAGCGAGGGUGCGAGAGGAGGAAAGCCCCCCCGACCCCUCUCAGUAAGGACCGAGUCAGGCAGGCGGGCCGAUAACGCGCCCCCCGGCCGAACAGCAUUUAUCUCGCGGGGGCCUGACGUUGCCUUGAACUUCGGAACCUGCUGUCGAAUCUCCCACAACCACAACACAACAUCCCGCUUCACCAUGUCGACUGCCGCUGAGCUCGAGGACCGUCUCGCGUACCUGGAAAGCCUCACGGACGGGCUUGCGAGUGCCCAAGACUUGGACACAGCCUGGAUCAUCUGGUGUGGCAUUCUCGUGUUUUUGAUGCAAGUGGGAUUCAGCAUGCUGGAGGUGGGCUCCAUCUCUCCCAAGAACACCAAGGCCGUCCUGAUCAAGAACCUGACAGAUGCUGCAUUGGGUGCAAUUUGCUGGUGGACCCUGGGGCAUGGGUUUGCUUACGGCAACGACGUUGGGGGCUUCAUUGGCACAGACAGUUUCGCUUUCAGCGGCAAUGCCACGCAUCAAGAGGAUGGCCAGGGAGCAGAAAUCGCGCAGUGGUUUUUCGAGUGGGCUUUUGCCGCGACGGCGGCAACCGUGGUGUCGGGUGCGGUUGCAGAACGGAUAAAAAUCGCCGCCUACGUCCAGCUCUCCGUCCUGAUCACCUUCUUGAUAUACCCUGUGGUUGUGCACUGGGUUUGGAGCGAAGGAGGCUGGGCGAGCCCUCGCCGCUGCGAAGACACCACGACCGCAGUUGACUACCAGCUGUGCAGGGAGGAGUCUCGAGGGCUACUGCUGGGUUGCGGGGCUACAGACUUUGCCGGCGCCGGAGUUGUUCACAUGACUGGAGGUAUGUGUGCGCUGGUGGCCGCAAAGAUAGUGGGGCCGAGGACGAAAAGGUUUCGGAACGGCAUCCCCAACCGAAUGCCGCAGCAAAGCCCCGCCCUGCAAACCUUGGGCGUCUUGAUACUCUGGGUCGGCUGGUACGGUUUCAACGGGGGCUCCGUGGGAUCAGUGUCGAACGGGAGGAGCCACUUGGUAGCCGCGGCUAUGGUGAACACUACAAUUUCGGCAGCCGCAAGCGUGCUUUCCGUGGGCCUGUGGCUGAAGAUCGCCUACAAAAAGGUCGACAGCGGACACCUCAACAACGGAAUUCUCUCUGGUUUGGUGGCCAUUAGCGCUAGCGGUUCGUUGGUGCAACCGGAAGGGGCGUUCAUCAUCGGGGCGGUGGCGAGCGCGUUCUACAUGCUCGGCACGGAGGGCCUAAAAUGGUUUAGGAUCGAUGACGUCGUGCAAGCUUCCGCCGUGCACCUCAUGUGCGGCGCGUGGGGAUUAGUAUCUGUCGGUCUGUUCAGCACAGGGAGCCGCUACCAAGACGUCUACAGCUACGGAAUCUUUUCCGACCCAGAACGAGAUGAACAGUGCUGUGGACUGCUGUACGGCUGCGGAGGGAAAGUACUAGCAGCAAACGUGAUCUUAAUUCUUUCCAUCUCUGGGUGGGUUGCGGCGCUGGCAUUCCUGGGGCUGUUAGUGAUAAAGAAAUCCGUGGGGUUACGGGUACCGCUCGUUGUGGAAGAGAUGGGAAUGGACAAAUCGCGACACACCCGCAGCAACAGAAACUCCACUGCCCUAAGGCGGGCCCUCCGGUCUGCAGCUGGGAAAGAUGAUCGGAGCACAGCUGCAUCAAGCCAUAGGCCAUCGUUCAAGUCGGCGCCUGUUGCCGCGAGCCCGCGCACGCUGGCGCCCGUGACUCUAUCACACUGGAAAGAAUAGCGGUGAUAGUAUUUUAAUUCGAACCUGCGAUUUCGCGCUCUGUUCUGUUUGGUGCCAGCCAUGGUGUUGAGUCGUGCUAGCAUUAUAGAUAUACAUGAUAUGCGGUACUGCUAUAGAGAAGAUGUCGAUCGAAAGGAGAGGUUUGAACGUCUCAUAUUUACGCCAAGCUCCUCUUGAGCACAAAGCUCCUCCUGAGCAAAAGGCCAAAGCUCUCCUCUUGUGAGCUCUAUUGUCCCUGGUAUAUCUUGAUUGGAUUGUGUGCCAUAUGUUCGAAGUGUUUCCUGCGUUUCGGUGUCGGGUUACUAUCGAGGACCUCAAGUGUUUCGAGCCACAUCAUUGUGUGUGUCGUGUGGAACGUGUGGGGAUUCGAUUGAACCCAGCAAGGUAAUACGUCGUAGUAGAAAAUACCCGAUAGUGAGGAGCGCAUUGCCGUUGCACAAGGCGUUAUACUGCAUGUUCGUGUGUUCAUUUCGUGGCGGAUGCUCCCCAUUCGAUACCGACGCGCCAAGAAUCUCCUAUUGGCAAUGUUAGCUUUUUUGCAGCAAGACGCUCCACGUAGCAGUUAACAUCCGCGAAAUGUCAUUUUCGUUCGCCCCCUACCUGGCUUGAAAAUAUCAACGUAGUUAACAGGCUAGGGUCUCCGGUGGAUUGGUAUAUAGAGGUUACAGUAGUUUGACACGUGUCGGGUUGAAAUUUCGGAUACGUUCGUUGUCGUGUACAAUGCAUUCACCUGAGCGAUAAAUCUGUCUGUUCUUUUCGAAGCGGUCAACGACAAUUCGAAGUAGACGUGGACGGGGGG